GGCUGCCGCGACUGUCACAGGUCCGGGCUGCAACGACUGUCAUAGGGUCGGUCUGUAACAGUUGGCUAGAAUACCUAACUGCAUCUUGUGGCGGUCCAAUGGAACCCGACACGAUGGGGCCACAACCGACCACGGGCGAAGCAGGAGAGGAGUACAGGGCAUCGCCCGAUCGAGCACUGAGGGAUCUGAAGGAACGAAUUAGGCAAGAAGCACCGCUGAGAUGGGCUGACCAAACCAAUGACGGAGGGCCCAACAUGAGAGGCGAACCAGUUGCGACAGAGCCGCAGGAGGCUCUGAAGACGGGUACCUCGAGCGGACGACGAGAAGCGAUGAGGCGGCGCUCCCCCGAGUACGAGCGAAGGGACACCAUAGCGGACAGACAUGACUUCUCUCUCUACAAGGAGUAUGCCACUGAUAGAUGUCAUGAUUUCAAGGAUUAUCCCUCGUCGGAGAAGAAUGAGGCCGUGGCUGAGGAAGUGAAGGAGAUACGGGACAUGGUGAAGGGAUUAACGAGACAGGUUACAGAGAUUGUGACCGCCACAGGGGCCACGGCCUACCAGGAUAAACCUGGAGGGCCCUAUUCACUUCGCUGGGACCGUAGGAACAACGAUCCCUGGAGGAGUGUCGAGGAUAGAAAUCCUCGGACRCUGACUGAUUAUCGUACGAGGGGAAGAAAGAGAGACGAUGAAUCAUGGCGACGUAGGGACGAUGAGAUAGACCGAGACCGCAAAGAACGCGAGCUGUUUGUGCGAGCAAGGAGGCUAGAUGAUUACCCGCGAAGCCCUCGCUAUGAGGCCGAUCGGGGUAGACGCGACUCCCGCGGCCGAUGGGAGACAGAACAGGGCCGACGAGAUGGAUAUAGGGACGACAGAUACGAGAGAUCGGACCGAGAUGGAUAUAGGGACGACAGAUACGAGAGGUCGGGUCGAGAUGGCUACAGAGGAAGUAGAUAUGAGAGAGGAGAUCGGUGGGAACGACAAGAUGGGUCGCGCAGACGGUUUGAGAGUGGGGGAAAGGCGAGAGAGCAGCGCGACGAGCCGCGGGGAUGGUACAACCGAGGGGACCGACGCGAUGAGUCACGAGGACGAUAUGGCUCGGGGGACCGCCAAAAUGAUUCACGAGGGUGGUAUGAGCAAGGAGGGUCUGGAGGAGACCGCUGCAACGAUUCGCGCGGACGGAAUGAGAGAGGGGGAUAUGGCGUCUCAUCAGAACCAUAUCCUCAGUCGCCUGACCCCAAGGCGGCCAGGAGUUUGAUCUCUAGAGGCGCAGACGACAGACCAUCUACUCCCAGGAACUCUUGCGUCUACUGUAGAGGAGAACAUCAUAUCAAGAGGGAUUGCCCGGACCUCAAACGGGCAAUAGAUGAGGGACUUGUCGUGCUUGACGACCACAAGUAUGUCAAGUGGGCAGAUGAUCUAGGAGAUGUAUCGAUGUUCCCUUCGAUGAAGGAGAAUGUCGAAGCAAGGAGAAUAAAGACGAGUAAAGGAAUGGAGCCGGUCAGGAGCCAGAGCAUCAAGAUAACCUUUGAGGGGGAUAUCGCGACCACACCCAUAAGGGUGGCAGCCACCAAGUCGGCAAGAGGGUCUACAUCGAAGAAGACUGACACGGAUUACGAGAUGGCGGAGAAGGACGGGCAGCGGGUCGAUGGAGAGGAGGUUAUCCUUUCGCCGCGAAAGCGGGGAGUGAAGAAGUUCUUAAUGAAGAGUUCGCUGGAUGAGAUUGACACAGUCGAGCCAGUGAGGCGGGCCCUUCGGCAACCAAUGCAGUGCUCUAUUCUGGAGUACCUGGCGGCAUCGAAGCCGACUCGUGAUGAAUUACAGAUGAUCACGCGCAAGACUCGCAUACCUCUAUCAGAGGAGGGUCAAGGAGCCCCUAAAGCGGAAGCUUUUACAGUAGCAGUAACGGGGGGGACUGCCAGAGCGGAUCGCAUGGCGACAGUCCUUCUCGAUGGGAUGGAAGGUGUGCCUCCAGACAAGUUUUAUAUACUUGGUAGCGGGGCCGUGGAUACGAUUAUAAACGAUGGAGCGAUACUCGAUGCUGUGAUUGAUAACGGCAGUGAGGCUGUCAUCAUAGACGAGGACCUGGCAGUACAAGUUGGACUGGGCCUCGAUAGGUCAUACCUAUUCGAGAUAGAGACGGCUGAUGGGAGAAAGCAACAGAUCACUGGGGUUUGUCACAAGGCAGCCAUAGAGGUCCAAGGGGUAAGAGUGACCCUGCCUGUCUUUGCAGUCAAGAACUGCAGCUCCGACCUGCUCUUGGGUGGAACGUGGCUGAGCCACGUGCAUGCGGUGACGAUAGAGCGACCUGAUGGGAGCCAAACAUUGUCCAUUAGGAAACCAAACGGGACACGGGUAAUGAUUGAGACAGUGGAGCCCCGGGACCCGAGGAACAGAGUAACUCUCGCUGUGGGUGCGGGACCCAGUGAUAAGAUUAAGUCGUUACCUAUCUCCGGCCGCGCGGUGCGAUUUCGCGAGAAGAGAUAUGGACCACUGCUCACAGAGGAAGAAGGUCGAAUCGUGGAGGUGGAAGAUUUAGGGAGUCGGCUAAUAGUGGACGGCAACUCGUACCCGAAGGAAAAAGAUGAGGAAUUUAGCGGUGUGGUAUCCGUGUCUUUUUUAAGGGCACGGCCCCCUAUGGGGGGCUACCCAAGCGACACAAGCGAGUAGCUAAAAAAGUUAAGCCAGCGGCGGUGGGCCGCGAGCGAUCGGCACUGGAAGGGGUAUCAGAAGAAGAGAUCGCGAAAGAAAUCAGAGAAAGAAAGAGAAAGGAGCCGCAACGCCUAACGGAAGAGAGAAUAGCAGGGAUGGACAUCGGAGAUGAAAAUUUGACCCCACAAGAGCGAGAACGUGUGAUAGAAAUCCUGAAGACAUGUGAUAAAGCAAUAACUUUCAG